GUCAGGACUCAUCAGCAAACUGCCAUGUCUCAUUUCGGGGCCCCAGUUUAUUACACAGUCUGACAGUACUGCCACGACUUCAGGAAUGCAAGAUCCAUGUCUGUCCGGACCGGCCCACGUCCACGAUGGCGAGAUGCAGGGGAGGAUGGAUCGCACGAGACCGACUGCUGUGGUAGUAGUACGGCGGAGUCGUAGUAGUACUACUACUACUUGAUUCUUUACCCUUCAGCCCUUGUGCUCCGGCCAGCCCUCUCUCGCGGUUCCCAUAGCCUGUGAUUGUGACACUCGAGCAUUCACGUCGACACUCGCUGCCAUGUCUACCGGACGCUUCACUCGGGCAGGACAGCUGAUGCUGGGCCUGGGCCUCGGCCUGUCCCAGCUCACACUGGGCUCUCCCACGACAUACCCCGAGUCCAACUCCACCGACGCUAAGCUCGGUGCCGUCGCCUCUGAGAGCGCGGUCUGCAGCGACAUUGGCGUCAAGCUGCUCCGGCAGGGUGGGAAUGCCAUUGAUGCUAUGGUAGGGACCACGUUCUGUGUCGGCGUGAUCGGAAUGUAUCAUUCUGAUAUCGGCGGAGGUGGCUUUGCCCUCGUCAAGAGCCCAAAUGGAACCUACGAGUGUGUCGACUUUAGAGAGACUGCUGCCGCCUCUUACUACGAGACCAUGUAUGUCAACAAGACCGACUUGAGCCUAUAUGGCGGUCUCGCAGCUGGCGUCCCCGGCGAGCUACGCGGGCUUGAGUAUAUCCACAACAAGUACGGCAGUCUCCCGUGGAAAACCGUCAUGCAGCCUGCCAUCGACGUUGCCCGCAACGGCUUCCAAGUCACGGCGGAUACGGUCAAGUACAUCGCCGGUGUGCAGAACCCCGAGUUCCUCGUCCGCGACCCUUCGUGGGCCAUCGACUUCGCCCCAAACGGUACCAUCGUCCAGCUCGGCCAGACCAUGACCCGCAAGCGGUAUGCUGCCACACUGGAGACCAUCUCCAAUCAAGGCGCGUCGGCCUUCUAUGAGGGCGCCAUCGCCAACGCAACUAUCCAGGCCCUCCGGGCUUCGGGCGGCACCAUGACUUUGGACGACCUUGCUAACUAUACCGUGGCCAUCCGCGACGCGGUCGAUAUCAACUACCGCGGCUACAAGGCAACUUCCUGUAGCGCCCCCUCGGGUGGCGAGGUGGCCCUGUCCAUCCUGAAUAUCAUCAACGGCUUUGACGGCUUUGACGACCCUGCCCAGAUCAACCUCACCACCCACCGCCUGGACGAGGCCCUCAGGUGGUCAUAUGGCCUGCGGGUGAAUCUCGGAGACCCUUCCUUCGUGGCUAACAUGACCAAAUACACAGCCAAUAUGCUCUCCGAGGAGACGGCUGCAGAGAUUCGUUCCAAGAUAUCUGACACCAAGACGUACAACUCUUCCUACUACAACCCCUCGAAUAUCGAAAUCCUGUCGGAUAAUGGAACUUCACACAUUGCCGCCGCAGACCGGACUGGCUUGACCGUCUCCAUCACCACGACCAUCAACACCAUCUUCGGCUCACGCGUCAUGGUUCCUGAGACUGGGGUUAUCAUGAACAAUGAGAUGAACGACUUUUCUACCCCAAACUCCACGAACGCGUUCGGUUAUCAGCCCAGCGAGGCCAACUUCAUCAGGCCCGGCAAGCGGCCCUUAUCCUCCAUCUCGCCAACUAUUGUCGAGUACCCGGGGGGCGGGCUCUUCUUCAUCAGCGGGUCUGCCGGCGGCUCUCGCAUCAUCUCCGCUACGGCUCAGAUCAUCCACAAUGCACUUGACCGCAACAUGAGCGCUGCCGAGGCCCUUGCCGCUCCUCGCCUGCACGACCAGCUCAGCCCUGACGUCAGUUCUUUCGAGUACGCCUACGACAAUUCAACCACCGCGUUCAUGGCCGGCCUCGGUCAUCACAUUCAGUGGGUAGCGCCCGGGUCAUCCACCGCGCAAGCCAUCAGGAGGCUGCCUAACGGCACUUUCGAUGCGGCUGGUGAGCCUCGGCAGUUGGCCAGUGGCGGUUUUGCCGUCUAG